AUGAGUGCGAUGAGUAUUGUUCAUUUCGAGAGGGAGGGAUAUGGACUAGAGAGAAACUAUUUAUAAAAUAAAUGCAUCUUUAAGUACCGGUCUUUAGAGCGGGAGGUUCCUUUCUUCGGUGCGCGUAGGCUCUCGCCGACUGGAUUCUCGGUUUUCGCACAAUGGGCCUGCUCGUGACUUAUUUUGUGACAUUGAUUUUCCUCUUGUCGCCUUGUGGAGGGAACCUGCUCCUGUCAGACCGUUGGUGGAUCGACCAGAGUCCAGUGAGUUGGGCCAUUCAAUGCCACUACCCCACGAACCCUCGCGGUGAUGGCUCCUCGUCGUUGUGCGCUAAAACGUUGCACAUAAAUUGUCGUCAGUCGUCCGUGCGUGCCGUCUACCAGAAUGUUGUGCUGAAAACUCCAGCCUCCGAGCUCGUUCUCAGUGUUCGUGCGAACGGCGAACAGCUGGAAACUGCGGCGGUCUCAUAUUUUCUGGGUCUUCUCGCAAUGAUCGACCUCCGACCGUCUGGGAAAGCUUUCGUUGAGGUUCCCAUCGAUACAUCUCGUCUCACGGGGCAUCCUUCGGAUGAGCCGAUCCCGGCUUACGCAACCUACGUGGCUCCCCCGAAUAAAACGUUCGACAGCAUCACACUCAUGGCGGGUUGCCACGGAUACAUCGGUUCUGUGUAUCUAUCCGAAAUGGAAAUGGUGGCGAUGCUCGAUGGGACCCCCGUGAAGGGAAGUCCUUGUCGAUCGGAGCUCGAGCCUGUCGAACGAGAGUACGGGAAAAUUCAUCCCUACAAACCGGUUUAUCUUUUGGGUGAACCACAUCAAGGAGAUUUCGGAGGUCUCCGUGACGACAUCUCUUUGGUGACCCAGGUUUCCAUGGAUCGCUUGGGCGUUCUCGAACACACCCUCGAUCAGUGGGAUAUGCCAGUGUCCCUAGUCAUUUACGCUCCGCUGAAGGCUCUUCGCAACGCGGAUGAUGACUGGCAACGUCUAUACAUCUCGAAGAAGGUCACAGCUUUCAAACUCCAUCCCUCGAGUGUGGUUUGUCUCGUCUACGCUUCGAGCGUCUCCGAGCAAUAUCCGAUAAACUCGCUGAGGAAUAUCGCUAUCAAGCAGGCUCAUUCGCAGUUCCUACUGCUCGCGGACGCGGAUUUCCAACCUUCGCCCGAUUUGGCUCCAAAAGUUCUCCCAUUGAUACGAAAUAGGACGAAAAAGUUUCUUAAAUCUGCAGUCGUGAUUCCUGCGUUCGAAUACGCUGACGUUCCCCACAAGAGCGAUGUUGUAGCGGCGAACAAACACGAGCUCAUGCAGCUCAUACACGCUCAGGGUAUAGUGUGUCCUUUCCGCCGCCAAGAUGCUCCUCAGUCACAUGCAGCGACCGACUAUUGGCGCUGGUACACGGCUCGAGAACCUUAUGAGGUUCAUUUAUUCUCUGACAAAUUCGAGCCUUAUCUGGUCAUUGAGAAGAACGCUCAUUUGCCCUUGUAUUGGGAGAAGUUCGUCGGUUAUGGUAUGAACAAAAUCAGCCACAUGACCGAGUUGAGGGUGGCGGGUUAUAACUUGUGGGUUGCGCCUGACUCGUGGCUCAUUCACGUUCCGCACAGGCUCUCCACACAUUUCGCGGACCACCUGCAGAAUGCAACAUACAGAUUGUCGAAUCGAGCUCUGCGAUUCGAGUUUCAGGACCACUUGCGAUACAAAUACGGCCUGGAAUGCAAUGAUGAACGCGUUUUCUAGCAAUGAUCCUCGGAGAGAUCGUUGCUUAGGACACAUUCAAUGUAUUAUAGUUUGUGCAAGCUUUUGAUCGU